AUGGCGGCUUCGAUCAAGGCUAAUUGCCGCAAGGUCAUUUGCAUUGGCAGAAACUAUGCCGACCACAUCACAGAACUCAACAACGUCAAGCCCAAGCAGCCGUUCUUCUUCUUAAAACCUUCCUCAUCGAUCCUCUGCCCCGGCGAGGGUCCUGUCCUGCGUCCUGCGGGUACCAAGCUGCACUAUGAGGUGGAAUUGGCUUUGGUGAUGGGCAAGACCGUUCGGGAUCUGGACCCGAAUGAUGAGAAGGGCGCUUUGGAUGCGAUUCACAGCUAUCUUCUCGCUAUCGACAUGACUGCCCGUAACGUCCAGGAUGAAGCCAAGAAGAAGGGUCUCCCGUGGACUAUUGCGAAAGGAUUCGACACCUUCCUGCCUGUCUCCCAGGAGAUCCUCAAGUCCCAGAUCCCCGACCCCCACAAUGCUUUCCUCCGUCUGAAUGUCGGCUCCCAAGCUCGUCAGGCUGAUUCUACCGGCCUGAUGCUCUACCGCAUUCCUCGUCUGUUGGCGGAGAUCUCGCGCGUGAUGACUCUGGAGAAGGGCGAUUUGGUCUUGACUGGUACCCCUAAGGGUGUUGGAGAGGUCAAGUCUGGAGACGUCAUGACGGCUUCCAUUGAGGUGGAUGGGAAGGAGAUUGAACAGGGUCGCAUCCAAGUCGAGGUUAAGGAUCGCGAAGGUCGCUAUGAGUACAGUGAAACCUAA